UCAGCUCUACCAGCUCCUCCAGAGCACUACAACAGCUCUACCCCAGCUUCACCAGCUCCACCAGAACUACAACAACUCCAACAGCUCCUCCAGCUCCUCCGCAGCACUUCACAAGCUUCACCAGCCUUACCAGCACUACAACAACUCCUCCAGCUCCAUCAGCUUCAACAGCUCUACUGAACACUUCUCACCACUUUCUUUAUUUACUUUAUUCAGUAUUAACAUAGAGAUGGAAGACGCCCGCAUGCUGCUGCUGGAAUGCUCCUCUGAGAGCGACAGCACGUUCGAGUCUGAUGAGAUGGAUUUUGAUGAACUGGACUGUUCUGACCCGCUGGCCAUGAGCGGCCGGUGUGAUCUCCACCGAGGGCUCCGGAUCGAGAUUUCCCAGCAUCCUCACAGCAUGAGGAAGGUGGCGAACAUCGUGAUUGGCCUGCAGAGGCUGCAGAAGUUCCGACACGCUGAGAAAGUGUCUCGAUCCACGGAGUUCACCGAGCACGAGCUGCUCAACAUCAUCCUGGAGAGCGUGGUGGAAGAGACGGUGGUGAUGCGGCUGAGCUGUGAUUCGCCGGUGACGUACAGUAAGCAGGAUAAGGAGCUGCAGUGCACCGUGUGUGAUAACCUGCAGAAGAGGCUGGUGCACAGCGAGGGAGACCCCUACCUGCUGGCCGUCACCCUGAAGGGAGGAAACCAGAGUCAGAGCGUUCGCAUGAACCUGUCGACCUAUGCCUCCCCGUCCUGCAACUCCACAAAGGGUCAGCCGGUGUGUUUGGGAAUCGCUAAGAGUAACCUGUACCUGUCCUGUACUGAGUCUGAUUCUGGAUCCCCUCACCUGAGCCUGGAGGAGGUGAAGAAUAAAGAGGAGCUGAAGAUGAUCCGGGGGGAAGACGGGCUGAAGCGCUUCCUCUUCCUCCGCAGCAUUAAGGGCGGCUCGGUCAACACCUUCGAGUCGGCCCGGUUCCCCGGCUGGUUCAUCAGCACGGCUACGGAGGACUACCAGCCCGUGGAGAUGUGCGCCGAGGCCGACACCAGCCGCCAGCGGGUCUUCACGCUGCUGCCCUGAGCGCUCGAGUGAGCGGCGGUACCGGUUCCAGAGAGUAUGGUAGUAUGUACCGAGUACAGUUCUUACUCUGGAGACCGGCGCCGCGGAGCUCCCGGAUCAGUUAGAGAUUCUCACCCGAGAAGUAACGUUACUUCAGUUAUAAGUGUAGGCCGAAAUUCGGCCACUUUAAACGUAUUUUAUUAUAUAUUGAUAUAUUUUUAAAAGAAAUUAAUUUAAAAAGCAAUGUAUUUACAUUUGCUGUGUUAUUAAUUUGUUUAAUUUAUACACUAUUUAUGUGUGUUCAUUCACUUGUGUAUUAUUGUGAAUUUAUGAUGUAUUUUUAUUGUAUUAAAAUUUUAAAAAUCUCA